AUGACCAACCCAAAGGGAAAGAGGAGAGGUACACACUACAUGUUCUCUAGGCCUUUUAGAAAACAAGGAGUCGUUCCUUUGGCCACAUACAUGCGAAUCUGUAAGAAAGGUGAUAUUGUGGACAUCAAGGGAAUAGGCACUGUUCAAAAAGGAAUGCCGCACCGCUGUUACCAUGGCAAAACUGGAAGAGUCUACCAAGUUACUCAGCGUGCUGUUGGCAUUGUUGUAAACAAACAAGUAAAGGGCAAGAGUCUUGCCAAAAGAAUUAACGUCCGCACUGGGCAUAUUAAACACUCAAAGAGCCGAGAUAGCUUCCUGAAACGUGUGAAGGAAAAUGAUCAGAAAAACAAGGAAGUCAAAGAGAAAGGUACUUGGGUCCAGCUGAAGCGCUAG